GGCGGGUUUGGCAUCGGAAGGCUGCUCCUGAUAAUUUGGAUGUAUUUUUCUUUUAUCAUCUUUGGAUUAAGUUAAUGUUUACGAAACGCAUAAUGAGUUAUUCAAAAAGUUACAAGCGUGCAAGAACUGAAGAUGUGGCAAGCUCGCUUCGGACACCAGAAAAAAAAGUAUCGACAGCUGUUGGUCUUGCAGCGGGAUGGCAGCGUUGGUCGGUGGAGGAUGUGUGCAGCUUUUUACGCCUAUCGGGCAUGCAGCGCUGGGAGCAGGCCUUUAGAGAGGCAGAGAUCACAGGCAUUGGCCUCCCCUACAUUUCUGAGGCUGAGCUGGAGAAAAUUGGAAUUGGCCCACUUGGUCCCCGUUUAGAGCUUGUUCAUCUCUUUCGUCAGCUACAGUGUCAGACUCUGUCUGAUAAAAUGAAGGUAUUCAACGAUCCCAUUCAUGGUCACAUUGAACUGCAUCCUUUAUUGAUCAGAAUCAUUGACACUCCCCAGUUUCAGCGGCUACGUUACAUCAAACAGCUUGGAGGAACAUACUUUGUUUUCCCGGGAGCAUCCCACAACAGAUUUGAGCAUUCAAUUGGAGUUGGUUACUUGGCAGGGAGGCUCGUAGGAGUUCUUCGUGAAAGGCAGCCAGAACUGCAGAUUGAUGAGAGAGAUGUUCUUUGUGUACAAAUUGCCGGACUUUGUCAUGAUUUAGGCCAUGGUCCAUUCUCUCAUAUGUUUGAUGGAAGGUUCAUUCCAAAAGCACGUCCAGACAAACGAUGGAAGCAUGAAGCUGCUUCUGUUAAAAUGUUUGACCAUCUCAUUGAAAAGAAUAACCUGAAACCAGUAAUGGAAGAACAUGGAUUGAUACUACCUCAUGAUUUAGAUUUCAUCAAAGAGCAGAUUGCAGGACCCAAUGCUGACAUGAACUUGGAGCAAAAAAAAUGUUCAUGGCCUUAUAAAGGCAGAUCUGAAAGCAAGAGCUUCUUAUAUGAGAUUGUAGCCAACAAGAGGAAUGGCAUUGAUGUAGACAAAUGGGAUUACUUUGCAAGAGACUGCCAUCACCUAGGGAUUCAGAAUAAUUUUGAUUACAAACGUUUCCUAAAAUUUGCUCGUGUUUGUAAAGUUGGUGAAACAAAGCACAUUUGCACAAGAGACAAGGAAGUUGGAAAUCUAUAUGACAUGUUUCACACACGCAACUGUCUUCAUCGCCGAGCUUAUCAGCAUAAGGUUGGGAAUAUCAUUGAAACAAUGAUUACUGAAGCCUUUCUGAAAGCUGAUCCAUACAUUCAAAUUGAAGGAACUGAAGGAAAAAAAUGUACCAUUUCUAAUGCGAUUGAAGAUAUGGAAGCUUACACCAAGCUAACAGACAACAUUUUCCUGGAUAUCUUACAUUCUUCUACUCCGGAGCUUGCAGAGGCCCGUGCAAUUCUAAAUAAUGUUGUGCAACGGAGGCUGUACAAAUGCGUUGGACAAACACAGCCCAGGCCGGGUACUGUAAUCAAGGAAGUUAACCUUGAUGUUUACAGUAAUGAAAUUGCGAAUGCUUUCCCACAGGGAAAUAUGGGUGUGAAACUGCAAGCUGAUGAUUUCAUUAUAGAUAUUAUUCAAAUGGAUUAUGGAAUGAAAGAAAAAAAUCCUGUAAAUAAUGUUCGUUUCUAUUGUAAAAAUGAUCCAGAAAAGGCCAUUCGAAUCCGCAAAGAUCAGGUGUCUCAGUUGCUGCCAGAGAAAUUUGCUGAACAGCUGAUCCGUGUUUUUUGUAAGAAGACAGAUGAUAAAAGUAUUGAAGCUGCCUACAAGUGCUUUGUUAAAUGGUGCAUUAACAAGGACUUCACCAAGCCACAGGAUGGCGAUAUCAUUGCGCCAGAGCUUACACCCCUCAAAGACAGCUGGAACAACCAGGAUGAAGAUGAUGAAUGUAGUUACCAUUGUGCAAAUGGUGGUACUGGAAUUCAUCGCGCAAGAAAAAGCCUUCACAACAAAUUUGAUUCGGGUUGCUAGUUUUUGAGAAGGAGGACUAGCUUUAGUGCUUCUAAUGUCACAUUUCAAAAAAAUGUUCUUUUGUGUUCUUUUGGAGUUAAAGCCAAAGACAACAAUUCUACGUGGAUGGAGCACUUGUGUUUUUUGAUUUCCUAUUUUGUUUUUUGUUCUUUUUUUUAAUUUGUAAUGUGUAAUGCCCUUGUUUUUAUUUAUUUUUAGAUUUGCAUUUAUUUGAUUGUUCUGAGUCAGAUAUUUUUUUAAAAGCCAAAGUACUAAUCGUUAUGCUUUAUAGUAAUAGACAAUGCAAAAAACCACAAAUGGCUUCCAGCCAAUUUUCAGCAUUUGAAAUCAUCCUCUAACGCCUAGCCAUAUUCUUUUGAAUUACUGUAUGUUCAAAAAAUUGCUUUUACCACUAUGUUGAAUAGACAAUUGAGAAUGUAGAGUGUUUCACAACAACAGUUUCACUGAGCCAGGAAUUAAACUGCAGAUAUCAUUUUUCAAAUCCGAAGUAGGGAUGCUUUAGCCUUGAAUGAUUUUGUGUCAUUUUGCUUAGGGGUCUGUUGUUACCGCACAUGCUUUAUAGUUAGUGCAGUAUUAAGGAUGUAUUCCUAAAGACGGAGUGAAACACUUUUUAAUCUAAUCAUGAAUAUACAACGUCUGACCUCGGGUGUCGUCUUCCUCUUUGAUAGUAAUUAUUGGCACUUUUAUUCUUUUGAAUGUUUGUUUGCUCCCAGUUUUCUAUCUAGGCUUAUUUUACACAGAAUGUCAUACUCCGUUUUAGAAUUUAAGAAACAUUUUAUUUUUAGUUAAUGUGUUUUUGUUAUGCAUUUUCUUUGAGUUUUAUCAAAACAAUUGUUACAGGUCAUUUGGUCUGAAAGUGUCUGUUGUAUAAGAAAUACCUCAUAUUUCAGUCAAAUUGCAAAAACCUGACAGUAAAGAUAAGACCAACUUCCUUUUACAUGUAUACAGCUUCAUAGAUCAGAAAGGAAUUAAUUUCUUUGUAAUGUUGAUGUACUACACUCUUUGUUGGCCUUUUACAGUAGAUGACAAUUGAAUUUGACUUUUUAGACUAAUCAGCCAUAGGCCUUGCUCUUCAUGUGGGCCAUCUCUGAAUCCUGAUUAUCCCGAUCCAUCAUGUUAUACAUUUGUCUAAUUUCCUUAAUCUGUGACUGUAGACUUUAUUGCUAAACAUAAUAGCAUAAUAGUAGACAAAGUUUUGUAUUUUUUGCUUUGUUUUUUUUGGGGGGUUCCCUCCUCCUCCUCCUCCUCCUCCUCACCAAAAUUUCUCCGCUGCCCUUUGUAGCAAACUAAAGUUUAUAAAUCCUUUGUGCAUUUUUAAGGAAACCUUUAAAGUGAAAUGAACUGGCCAUUCAGUGUGGUUCAUUAGAUGUAAAUGCACUGUGUAAAAAUACAUUAUUUAAUAUUUUACUGUUGAAAAUAGAACUGGAAUUAUACAUGAACAAUUGAGUCCUGAACUAGAAUUAAACAUGCAGAAUCGUGUCCUAAGACUUGCACCAUAACCUGAACACUCAGAUUCUUUCAUUUCUGUCCUUAACAACAAGGAGCUGCUGUGCUAGGAGAAUUUUAGAAUGUAUUCUGUCAAAAAGGCCAUUGGGUCUUUAUUGAACUUUAACACAAAGCAAUAAUGAAAAACAAUAGACGGCAUUUCUCUCUUCUAAGUCUUUCUGAAUUGCAUGUUUUUGUUUUUUUAUUUUGUGUGAAUCAAAGUUGAUUUUAGAUUUUCUGCUAAAAACUGAGAGUUUUUGCGCAUACAGUGGCAUAAUUACCAAGUUAUACCUGAUUACCUGUAUUAAAGAUAAGGAGCCAUUAAAACCACAAACACCAGUGUAAAGAAAAUGGCCACUAAAUUCAUCAGAGAGUCGGUGCCGUCUUUAUAGCGUGAGCUCACCAGUGUUUCACUGCUUAGUUGUGCAAUGUGCAUCACAUAGAAAGUAAUUGAUAUACACCUUUAGUUCAGCUCUCACGAUUUUAUUAAAACUAAGACUGAAAAAAAGGGGGGAAUGUUAACUGUUCAUAUCAUUGAAACUAAAUGACAAUGGCUCAUAUAUAAGUAGUGCUAGAAUCAGACAAUUGAAAUGUAGAAUUGAAAAAAAAUGUAGUCCUAGACUUGUCCAAAACUCUGCUACUGUGUUUUGGGGUUGAAAGAGCUACAACUUAUUUUCAAUUUGUAGUUUUAUUAAUAUUCACUUGUUUGCACUUUGUAUUGGGGUUGGUGAGGUAAAUCACAAAACAGAUCUACUUGCUCAUUACUUUGUUUCUGUUUUUAACUAUUCUUUAACAUUUUCAGAUUUAAUUAUUCAAUUUGUGUCAGAGCCACUCUAUACGUAAGUUUGAAAUUUCCAUUUUAUUAAAUAGAGGAUACACAAUUUGUAGUAUUUAGUAUUUUUUAGUAAUAGUCACUGUGAAUUGGCAAGUGUAUAAUUAUCGUAGUAAAUGUACGAUAAAGUAAAUGUGUAUUUUAAAUCACCAGGUUGACCUUUGCCCGUCUACUGCUCUGCUGUGGUGAUUCCCAGUGACUUUGUAUGUAUGCGUGUGUUGGCACAAAUGCACAGGGCAGAGUAUCAGCGCCCCUCACUUUAUUAUCCCGUUUUUCCCUUUUUCUUUUCCGCUUUUAGUUUUAGGUAUUUUUAUCUAAUAUGAAUAAUAUUUAAGAAAAUGUGUACUGCUGUUUUGUUUCCUGCAUUGUUUAAAAAGUAUUUUAAAAAAUGAGCAAAUAUGUUUGAAAUUUGUUGUGUGAAAAGUUGAAAAGUAUAUCAGACCCUUUAAUUUUGGGCAUACUCUAAUUUUCUUAGAACUAAUUUAAUUUUCUAGAAUUAUUUUUAUUUAAACAAGUUACUAAUAUAUAUCUUGCACACCAAAUUGAAAAUAUCGUAAAGUAACAGUUUUGAAAAAUCUUUAAAUUUGUCUUGGUUUCAUUUUUUUUUUUUUUUCAUUUACCUGAUGUUGCACAUUUAAAAUUCUUGACACGUUGUAGGAGAUGUGUGGGUUAUUUUAAUAAAAGCCCCCAGAAUAAUAGCACAAUUUCUGUUUUGUGAAUAAGAGAUGUUACUUAUUUCCUUAAAUUUUAUUUCUGGAAAAUCUUUUACUGAGGAAAACAUUGUGCAGUUUUGUGAAUGUGUUUCUUUCAGACAUGUGAGGCUGGCUGUGGCUCCUGUCGAGUUCUGUCUUUUAGUUGUUUGACAUUUGUGUUCAUUUUUACUUUUUUUUUCCUCUUUGACUUUGCAAAAUUCAUAAUAACUUAAUGAAAAUUCAAGUGUUUGUGUUACGUUAAUCUCACAGUUGUUUGUUCUAGUUUUAAAAGAGUGCACUGUUUCUUUCAUGUGAAGUUAAUACAAAAGAUAAUUCUG